UGGUUUGACAGCGAAAGCGGUUAACGGAGUAACCCGUUAGUUGAAUCUAAGUCACGGCAAAAAAAAAAAAAAACAACGUCAGAGCUCCGUUAAACGGGCGAGAGAUGGAGCGACGUGGUUCUCCGCCUGGAGCAAAGCUCAGAGGAGCAGAUGUCCAGCAGCUGUCCAUGAGGACAGAAGAGUGUCCCCCCGAGCAGAGGAACCCCAGCCCGGACCAGGAGGACCCAGAGCCCCCCCACAUCAAAGAGGAGGAGGAGGAGGAGGAGGAGCUGUGGAGCAGUCAGGAGGGAGAGCAGCUUCAGGGCCUGGAGGAGGCUGAAAUCAGCAGGUUCACAUUCAGUCCUGUCCCUGUGAAGACUGAGGACGAGGAGGGUUCAGAUGUCCAGCAGCUGUUGGUGAGGAUAGAAGAGUGUCCCCCUGAGCAGAGGAGCCCCAGCCCGGACCAGGAGGACCCAGAGCCCCCCCACAUCAAAGAGGAGGAGCUGUGGAGCAGUCAGUCAGAAUCAGUGUGGAGCUUAAAUUCAGAAACACAUUUAGAAGUGGACACAGACAACAGGGCGUCGGACACUUCAGGCUUUAAGACUGAAGCCAGGGACGGCGAUUGGACAGUGUCCAGGGAACCUCAGUCAGUUUUAAACUUCCUGAAAAUCAUUGAGGUCCCAGCGAGUGAUGUGAGGAGUCACACAGGCAGGAAAACAUACAGCUGCUCUGAGUGCGGGAAAGUAUUCGGCCGCAGUCCACAUCUGAAGAUACACAUGAGGACGCACACAGGAGAGAAACCGUUCAGCUGCUCCUUCUGUGGAAAACGCUUCACACAGAAGGUGAAUCUGACCUAUCACAUGUCCGUGCACACGGGGGAGAAACGAUUCAGCUGCAGGUUUUGUGAUGAAAGAUUUACUUGGUACACUCAGCUGAAAAGCCACCGGUGCGUUUGUGAGUCCUCUCAGAUUCACGAGAGCCGAGCCGAGGAGCCGGGAGACAAAAGCUUCAGCUGCUCCGAGUGCUGCAAAGUCUUCAGCCGUAAGGACAACCUGAACAUUCACAUGAGAAUCCACACCGGAGAGAGACCGUUCAGGUGCACGGUGUGUGGGAAGGCUUUCAAACACGGGGGACAUCUGACACAACACAUGUCCGUCCACACCAAGGAGAACAGAUUCAGCUGUGAUGUCUGUGGCAAAAGAUUCACGUGGCUUUAUCAGCUCAAAAGACACAAGUGUGGCGGCGAGUCCUCACAGCACCAUGGACCCUGGAGCAGUCAGGAGGGAGAGCAGCUUCAGGACCUGGAGGAGGCUGAAAUCAGCAGGUCCACAUUCAGUCCUGUCCCAGUGAAGACUGAGAACGAUGAAGAGAAGCCUCAGUCCUCACAGCUCCAUCAGAGCCACACUGAGGAGACCUGUGGAGGACCAGGACCAGCCAGGACCUCAGACCCAGACAGACGUUUACAGCCACAUGCUGAUGACAAGACUUCAGAGUGUGAAUGUGAGUCAGGUUCAAACUCUGCAAACGUCCCUGAGAUGGACUCAAGAUGUCACACUGUCAAAAAGUCCUUCAGCUGCUCCGAGUGUGGGAAAAUAUUUGGCCGCAAGGAACAUCUGCAGACCCACGUGAGAAUCCACACAGGAGAGAGACCGUUCCGCUGCUCUGAGUGUGGGAAAACGUUCGGCUGCAAGAGGUCACUGCUGGGUCACAUGACGAGUCACACCGGAGAGAAACCGUUCAGCUGCUCUCAGUGUGGGAAAAGAUUCGGCCGCAUGGUAAAUUUAAAGACGCACGAGAGACUUCACACGGGAGAGAGACCGUUCAGCUGCCCCUUCUGUGCGAAAGGCUUCACACAGAAGGUGCACAUGACUCAGCACAUGGCCGUGCACACCGGAGAGAAACAGUUCAGCUGCAGCGUCUGCGACAAAAAGUUCACGUGGUUGUCGGGAUUCAGGCGACACAAAUGCGGCAGCGAGCAGUCGGAGCUCGACGACCCCGAGGAGAACGCGGAGCCGGAACGCGGCAGGAAACCGUUCCGCUGCCGUGAGUGUGGAAACAGAUUCAAUCACAAACACAACCUGAAAGCUCACAUGAGGAUUCACACCGGAGAGAAACCCUUCAGCUGCUCCGUCUGCAGCAAAGGCUUCAUCGCAGGCGGAGCUCUGAAGAAACACCUGAGGACUCACUCAGGUGAGAAGCCGUUCGGCUGCCAGGUCUGUGGCGUCAGAUUCACGCAGGGAGGAAACCUGAAGCGACACAUGGCUCAGCACACGGGAGAGCGACGGGAGAAACCGUUCAGCUGCUCGGUGUGUGGGAAAAGCUUCACACAGGUGUCGAACAUGAAACGACACAUGGUGCAGCACAGGGCAGGUGACGCGGGACGGACGCGGGACGCAGAAAGGGAAGCUGGGAUUGGUCCAGACCUGAGACAGCGUCAGCAGGAUGAAACCAACAGUCUGUGGACGGCUGAAGGUCUCUGACUCCGCCCAUAGCUGACUGCACGUCAUCUCAUAACUGACUCCGCCUCCAUACGUAUUAUGUCAGAGCUUUUAAUGGAUUUGAACUUAGUUCAAUAAUAAGACACAUGUCCUGAGGAGGGACGGCAGGUCUGUCCUGAGGACGCCUGACUGUCGGGAUGCUUUAACUGCUUUCACUCUGCAGACUCUGGUCACGUGGUCGUCGGGGGGGUGGGAGGUGAAGGGUGUGGACGUCCGUCCCAUGACAGAGGGGGGGACAGACGAACAGGCAGCUCUGACGGCGCAGACCUGAUGGUCGGACACCUGUCCGAUCUGUCAGUCACAUGACCGACCAGCUGAUCGUCGCAGCUCUGACUCCAUGUGAUGACUGUGAACCGUCAGUAUGACUGAGACUGACUCCGGGACCUGGAGGUUCACACACUGUCCCUGAGUCUCAGGUGUCCUGAACCUGUCCCCCAGUGUGUAAACACGUUUGCUGUGUUAUUCUUUGUGCUGUUGCCUAUGAGCAGGCGUGUGUCCUCAGAGAGUCCCUGUCCUCCAUUGUGUCCUGAGCAGAGCAGGACGGCUCGUCACGUCGUCUCAGGUGUUCACCCACAUGUUCACAUGAUCACCUGUAAUUAAACAUGUACACACACACACACGCUGACGUUACUUUGGCAGACGUCUGGUUGGUUUGGUGACGUAACGACCUUCAGCUCUGAGGUUUUACAGGUUCUGGUGCAUUUCUACACUAAAUAAACGACAGUGUGUUUCCAUGGCAACUGAACUGUCUCAGUCUGUCUCAGUGAAGCAUGCCCUGAUGUUUUUUGCUUCUGUUUCAGAUGAAUCGUCCUGAAUGAUCGAAGCUUUAACUACGAAGACGAGCGGCGAACAAAACUUUUCCU